AUGUCAUCAUCACCGCCCGAAAAGGAAACGCCUUUGUCGAAGCUAGACAACGAAUUAUUCGACGUGGCGCCAAAGACCGACUGGCAGAGGUCCAUCACCGAACGAAAUGCACGUAAAUCACCUCUUCUCCGCUUACCCCGUGAACUGCGCGAUCUCAUCUGGACCUUUACUUUCACACGGACUAUUAAACCAGACCGGAGAGAAACUUCCCCCAAUUCUGCGUUCAGCCCCCUUGUAGUAUGCCGACAAUGCUACACGGAAGCUGCCAAACUUGCAUAUCCCUUCCUCACUUGGUCCUUUAGCUGUCAGCCGCCCUUCGAGGACUUCUUCUGGUCACUAUGCGAUAGUGAGAAAAACAGGUGUAAGAAGAGCUUGAUACGUUCCAUCCAAAUUGGCGCCGAUCCUACGGAUUUGUACCAGUUGGCCGAGAGAGAAGAUCCCGGAUACGACGAGGAGGAGGAGAAAGCUUUGAAAGCAAAGGAAGAUGAAGACGAGUAUAGUCGUGUCACAUUUCGUGCCUUUAGGAAUCUCUCGCACCUGGAGCUGUUGCUUUCCACUACAGAGGUUUACUUAGAUCCAGAUGAUUAUGAAGACAUGAAAUACGACGACACUAUGCCGCUGCGGUUCGAUAGCACUGAGAUGAGGGAGGCCAAGGAUAACUUCACUAAAACUAUGAAGCAAAAGGUUCCUCAUGUGAUCGUUACGUAUAGAGAAUUUGGAAAUACCUUGGCCAUGAGAAAGUACUGGAAAGAGCAGGAUCUUUGA